GGGAGAGAGAGACCACUGCCUCUAAAAUGAGUCUCUCUGGGGAGAGAGAGACCACUGCCUCUAAAAUGAGUCUCUCUGGGGAGAGAGAGGAGGAGACCACCGCUUCUAAAAUGACUCAAGACACCAGUUCUAAGAGUGUCCAGAAGCUCAGAGCAGUGUCACCUACAACCAGCCUGCUAUCAAUGAAGAGUGAUCAGCCACCUGCUUUCAGCCAGGAACCAUUACCAGAUGACAAUAAGGAAGUGGAGAGUUUGGACAGUGAGGAUGUAUUAAAGAUCACACACAACCUUCUGGACAGAAGAAGUCAAACUCUGCUGACAGUCCAACAAGACAUUAAGCCUAAACUGAAACACCGGUAUCAACACAUAUCUGAAGGAAUUGGACACCAUGGAAACCAAAGUCUGUUCAAGGACAUCUACACAGACCUCUACAUCACAGAGGGUGGAAGUGGAGGGCUCAAUAAUGAACAUGAGGUUAGACAGAUGGAGAUGGCAUCCAAAAAACAAACCACACAAGAGACACCAAUCAAAUGCAACGACAUCUUCAAGCCUUUACCUGGACAAGACAAACCUAUCAGAACUGUGCUGACAAAAGGAAUCGCAGGCAUUGGAAAAACAGUCUCUGUGCAGAAGGUCAUCCUUGACUGGGCAGAGGGAAAAGCAAAUCAGGACGUUCAUUUCAUGUUUCCUCUUCCUUUCCGUGAUCUGAACCUGAAAAAGGACCAAUACAGUCUGAUGCAACUUCUUUCCCACUACUUCUCAGAGCUGAAAGAGAUUGACAGCAUUGAAGAUGGUGAAACCAAAACUGUUUUCAUUUUUGAUGGUCUGGAUGAGUGUCGACUUCCUCUAGACUUCAAAAACAAUGAGAAGUGCUGUGACGUCACGAAGCCAACCUCAGUGGACGUGCUGCUGACAAACCUCAUCAAGGGGAAUCUGCUUCCCUCUGCUCUCCUCUGGAUAACCACACGACCUGCAGCAGCCAAUCAGAUCCCUCCUGAGUGUAUUGACCAGGUGACAGAGGUACGAGGGUUCAAUGAUCCACAGAAGGAGGUGUACUUCAGGAAGAAAAUCACAGAUCAGAAUCUGGCCAAUGAAAUCAUCAAACACAUGAAGACCUCAAGGAGCCUCCACAUCAUGUGCCACAUACCAGUCUUCUGUUGGAUAUCAGCCACAGUCCUUGAGGUGAUACUGAACGAGGCAGAGAAGAAUGAAGUCCCCAAAACUCUGACCCAGAUGUACUCACACUUCAUGCUCAUCCAAAUCAUUGUGAAGAACAGGAAGUACAACAAAGCCACAGAGACAAACCCAAAGGAACUGUCUCAGUCAGACAAAGAGAUGAUCCUGAAACUGGCCAAGCUGGCUUUCCAACAGCUGCAGAAGGGCAACCUGAUCUUCUAUGAGGAGGACCUGAGAGAAUGUGGCCUUGACGUCACAGAGGCAUCAGAGUACUCAGCAUUGUGUACAGAGAUCUUUAAAGAAGAAUCUGGGCUGUACCAAGACAAGGUCUACAGCUUUGUGCAUCUGAGCGUUCAGGAGUUUCUAGCAGCAGUGCAUGCUUUAGAAUCAUGUCUGGACAAGCAGGAAAAUGUUUUCUCCAAAGCAGUCACUGGUGGUGAUGAGGAGGAUGAUGAUGAGGAGGAGGAUGAUGAGGAGGAGGAGGAGGAUGAUGAGGAGGAGUCAAUCCAGUUGUCUGACUUACACGAGAUCACAGUGGACCAGGCCUUGAAGAGUGAGAAUGGACACCUGGACCUGUUCCUCCGCUUCCUUCUGGGUCUCUCACUGGAGUCCAAUCAGAAUCUGUUACGAGGCCUUCUGACACAGACAGGAAGUACAACACAGACCAAUGAGAGAACAGUUGAAUACCUUUCAGACAAGAUCAAGGAGGAAUCCUCACCAGAAAGGAUCAUCAACUUGUUCCACUGUCUGAAUGAACUUGGUUCCAACUCUCUAGUUGAAGACAUGCAGACCUCCCUACGAUCAGGAACUCUUUCAGAAACAAGACUAGAACCUGACCAAUGUUCAGCCCUGGCCUACCUGUUACUGAUGUCAGAGGAGGUGCUGGAGGAGUUUGACCUGAAGACAUACAACACAUCAGAGGAAGGUUAUCAGAGGUUGCUGCCGGUAGUGAAAACCUGCAAGAGAGCACUACUAGCUGGCUGUAAACUCACACAUAAAUCCUGUGAGACUCUGGCCUCAGCUCUGCAGAAACAUAACUCGCCUCUGAGAGAACUGGACCUCAGCUACAAUGACCUGGGAGACAGAGGAGUGGAGCUGCUCUGUGUUGGACUAACCAGUCCACUCUGCAACAUACAGACACUAGUACUAGCUGGCUGUAAACUCGCAUAUAAAUCCUGUGAGACUCUGGCCUCAGCUCUGCAGACAUCAAACUCCCCUCUGAGAGAGCUGGACCUCAGCUACAAUGACCUGGGAGACAGAGGAGUGGAGCUGCUCUGUGUUGGACUAACCAGUCCACUCUGCAAGAUACAGACACUAGUUGUCAUUUUGAAUGAAGGAAAAGAUGUACGCCUCCCACGCUGCACCUUGGUCUCAUUCUAACGACGGACUUAACAUAUCUUCAGUAUAGUAUAAUUCUAGUAAUUAUGUUUAAACAUUAUUUGAACAUCUUGGUGAAAAUACAUAAAUAUACAUACGAUGUGAUAAAUAUUUGAAACUAUAAGCUUAAAUAUCUUGAGUGAGUUAGGAAUGUUUUUAACAUUGUCCAAUCGCAUCCUUCUGUUAUUGCCUUUUAAUGUAUCUCAUUAUUCAUAAAGAUUUGCAUAUUGAACAGUGUAUCAAAAUGUCUUCUCUCUCCAGACUAGCAUUAUAAUGAAGGAUUUGCAUAUUGAACAGUGUAUCAAAAUGUCUUCUCUCUCCAGACUAGCAUUAUAAUGAAGGAUUUGCAUAUUGAACAGUGUAUCAAAAUGUCUUCUCUCUCCAGACUAGCAUUAUAAUGAAGGAUUUGCAUAUUGAACAGUGUAUCAAAAUGUCUUCUCUCUCCAGACUAGCAUUAUAAUGAAGGAUUUGCAUAUUGAACAGUGUAUCAAAAUGUCUUCUCUCUCCAGACUAGCAUUAUAAUGAAGGAUUUGCAUAUUGAACAGUGUAUCAAAAUGUCUUCUCUCUCCAGACUAGCAUUAUAAUGAAGGAUUUGCAUAUUGAACAGUGUAUCAAAAUGUCUUCUCUCUCCAGACUAGCAUUAUAAUGAAGGAUUUGCAUAUUGAACAGUGUAUCAAAAUGUCUUCUCUCUCCAGACUAGCAUUAUAAUGAAGGAUUUGCAUAUUGAACAGUGUAUCAAAAUGUCUUCUCUCUCCAGACUAGCAUUAUAAUGAAGGAUUUGCAUAUUGAACAGUGUAUCAAAAUGUCUUCUCUCUCCAGACUAGCAUUAUAAUGAAGGAUUUGCAUAUUGAACAGUGUAUCAAAAUGUCUUCUCUCUCCAGACUAGCAUUAUAAUGAAGGAUUUGCAUAUUGAACAGUGUAUCAAAAUGUCUUCUCUCUCCAGACUAGCAUUAUAAUGAAGGAUUUGCAUAUUGAACAGUGUAUCAAAAUGUCUUCUCUCUCCAGACUAGCAUUAUAAUGAAGGAUUUGCAUAUUGAACAGUGUAUCAAAAUGUCUUCUCUCUCCAGACUAGCAUUAUAAUGAAGGAUUUGCAUAUUGAACAGUGUAUCAAAAUGUCUUCUCUCUCCAGACUAGCAUUAUAAUGAAGGAUUUGCAUAUUGAACAGUGUAUCAAAAUGUCUUCUCUCUCCAGACUAGCAUUAUAAUGAAGGAUUUGCAUAUUGAACAGUGUAUCAAAAUGUCUUCUCUCUCCAGACUAGCAUUAUAAUGAAGGAUUUGUAUAUCUAAUAGACUACAUCCUCU